UCACACUAUUUGUGGUUGUUGCAGUAAGUGUUUUCAAUUUCUAUUUGAUCAAAAGUAUUUACAUUAGGCUGUUGUAAUGCCAACUUAUUGCCUGAUUCCGACCAAAGUUAAAAUGUCAAAAGGAGUUUUGGAUCCUUUAUCUUGGAUCUUCAUUUACGAUGGCGCCAUCAGUUAAUUGUUUGAAAUCGAGUGAAUCUGCUAGGGUAUCUUGAGCUCAACUAUUGUAUACAAAUUUAUAUUCCAUAGAUAAGAAUACUUUUAUUUUAAAUCACACAUAUAGUAUCAAUGUCAGUUCUGUACUUCUAAUUCAGACAAUCUUAUCUUUUCUGCUCAUGAUAAUAUUUUGCUUCCCAUUUUGUAUAAGUCUAAUAGGUGAUUUUCUCAAGUAGAGUGUUGUAGCACAAGCUUAUAAAAUAAUUAAUAAGAUGGCAUCAGAUCCUGAAAUCAAGGAUGGAUUAACACUACCUGUUUGGAUGAAGACGAAACCAACAAAGGACUUCGAACCGUUCGCUGCGUCACCGCCCGCUCCAGAAGAUACAUUCUUUUACAUUCGUUAUCCGAAAACUGAGACUAUAUUCGGCAAGACGAAGGUAGAGCAGGAUCUGCCGAGUCUGUUGAGUGAGCUACCCAAGGAAGUCAAAGCUGCGUCGGCGUUCCCCAACGCGAAGGAGAAAGAUUGGUCGAAGCACACCAAGUCUUGCCAAGACGUUCUGCACGGCAUCGCUCCUAUUAACACAGCUGUUAACUCUGUCUCUUCGAAACCAAAACCAGCGGGUGUGGACGACGGGUUCAAAGGCGAGGGAGCUGCGUGUGGCAACUCCGUGGUCAAGGUCGCGCAUCAGAUGAUAUCUUCGUCGCGCGGUUUCACGGUCGCAUCGCCCGCUGAGGAUUCCAUGGAGGCACAGUACCGCGCGACCCCGCGACGCGGCAGCAAGAGUUUACCCGUCACGCCCGCCCAUUCGCCCCCUUCCAGCCCUACGGCCCGUCGCAGGAUGAACGCUAAUCGCUACUUCACAUCUCCCUUUGAGCAGUCAGAAGAGGCCCAAGGACGCUCUUGGUUAACUAUGGCGUUACUGGGUUUCAAGAAAGAUCUUACCACAUCCACAUCCACUUUGGCUGAAGAAGAUGUCAUUGAAACCAGGCUGCAAGGUGGUACUUUAGCCGAGUCCGUAGAGAGUCUGGGCCCUGCACCCAGAGACAAAGGGCCUAAAGUAUCUCAAAGUAGCAGCGGUAGUACAGAACCAAAUCGAGCAGCCAGACCGGCAAACGCUUUCCGACCGAAACCUUCGGAGCUGCGGGAAAUGAACUUCUGGUCGCCAACGUCCAUGUGAAAAGACUUCAACAACGCGUGCACCCAAAACGCGUUCUCAUUCGGAUAUUACUUGUGUAAAAAUUAACUCAUGUUAAUUCAUUCUCGCUUCUCGGGAACAUUAAAGAGGUUUCUGUUUCGACCUUUGUUAGGGAAGAGAGCAUUGUUUUGAUGAUCUGUGAAAGUUUCGUUGCGCCUUUUGAAUGUAUUGACUGAGCAUGGAGUCAUUCGCUGCGUUUCGUUUACGUUUUCGGUUGGGGAGUGGAGAUGUGAUCCCUUAUAGAAUAUUCCAUUAAUUCUAAGUUAAUCACUGUAUGUUGAUUGUCGUAUUAUUUAAUCCUAACUAUUGUAGUUUGAAAUUAAGUUCAAUUAUCCAUAAUCUGAUGCCUUGUUUUUUUUAUUUUAUUUACAGUAACGAU